AUGUUGUCCCAAAUACUCAUAUAUUUUGCUGUGCUUGCAGGCUUCUGUACGGCAGCUAUUAUUCCUUUAAUUAACGACAACGACAUUUUAAAUGAACCAUCAGAACCAAAAUUUCCGGAGAAAAGACCCUUUAUGAAUGAUGAAAUGCAAUUGUAUUCAAAAGAAUAUAAUGAGAAAGCCUCAGCUGUCUUGCUUUCAUAUGAGGAGCUAUCGAAAAACAAACUUCAGUCUUUAGGCAUUUCAGGAUCAAUUCUGAGUGUGCUCACUAAAGGGAUUGAAACCUCUGAUAAUUUCUUUCUUCCCUUUAAUAGUAAGUCUGUUUUUAUGUUAGAAACAGAAUCAUCUGUUUUAAUAGGAAAAGAUAAUAUCAGUAUGAUGAUGCCUUUUGACAUCAAUGGUGAUUACCUCUUAAAAGAUGUGAACUUGCUUAUACCCAGGUCCUUCCUAAACAGGUAUGGAUUGUGGAACCUUACCAGACCGGGCGGUCACGAAAUAUUUGACGGUGCAUUCUUUCGAAAUGAAUCUAAGCCUUUAAACUUUGACUCUCCUGUUCUUAUCAUGAUAUUUAAAGAAGAUAAUUCAUUAACUAAAGGCAUGUCCAAAAUGUUUUUUGACAAAUUUGCACUGACUUGGGUAAACUCGCGUGACUCAACAGAUUUAUUGCAUUCGGUCUUUUGCUCUGUCAACGGCAAUUCUACUUUUGGAGCUUGCUUAAAAGUUAAUGACGGUAAUAGGCAGAUUUUUGUUUACCCAUCAUAUACAUCUAUCCAAAAAAGAGAGAUCAACUUUAAUGGUUUUUUUGGCCCUUUUUUAGUUAAGCGAGAAGUACAAGAUUCCAAUACCAAUGAUCAAGAUUUUGCAGAAGAGCAAUCAACUAAAGAAGUGUUCGAGAUUCAGUUAGACGACUCGGAACCUCAAGCAAAUGAGAACAGCUAUGCUAAUAUCACCGACUGUCUACAAAAUGGGGAACCCGUUGCAUUGAAUGUUGUUGAAGCUGAUGAUGAGUACGAAAUACCUGCUAAUAGACCACCAAGAAAUCCACAUUACUCGCAAGUAAUUUACCCAGACUUGGUACAUGUCAACUCUCUUUCCUUAGCCAAACGAGGUGAGAAGGAAACCAACUGUGAACCAAUCACAUGGACCAAUUUGUUCAGGCAUGCGCUUUUCGGUAGCCCAUCUAAUUUCUGUACUUAA